AUGCGUGGAUGCCUGGCGCGGGACGUGGCGCCUGUGGAGGGGGGAGGGGGCAGUGGCAGCGGCGGUGGUAGUCAUGGUGGUGGUGGUGGUGGUAGUGGUGGUGAGGGAGGUGAGGGAGAGGGCGCGUGCUCGAGACGGGCAUGCGCUAUCACGGCCGUCUCACAAGAACGGUUCUGCCAAGCUCCUGCAGAGGCCCCGGCCAAUUGCUUGCAGCUGUGCAUCAUCCACGUCGAUGUCAUUGCAAUAUCCGUGCCCGCCGUCAGACGUCGCCCAAAUUGCAUCACCCUCGCGCAUUUCGUGUUGGCUGCCGGCGGUGCUGGUGCCGGUGCUGGUGCCGGUGCAGCAGAUCCGCCGCCCGCGUCGGGUGCGCAUAUGCUGAGAAGGGACGUGAGGCAGGCGCGAGGCAGGCGCGAGGCAGGCGGCAGGCAGGCAGGCAAGCAGCAAGUAAGCAAGCAGGCAGGCAGGCAGGCAGGCCGUUCCUUCCCUACGUGCUCUGCGGCUGGGCUUGGCGCAAAAGGGCUGCUCUUCCAGACGACUUCGAUGCAUCUUCCCGCGCCCGCUCGCUCGCCCGCUCCCUCUCUCCCUCUCUCUCUCCCAUCCACUCACCCACUCACCCACUCACCCACACCCUCGCCCACACACACACUCACCCACACCCACACAGGCUCACGGCGCACACGACCACCCUCGCCGUCGUCGUCGUCGUCGUCGUCGCAUCGGUCGGCUCCGCCUCUGCCUGCGCCUGGCUAUUCGCCAGGACUGGCCCCUUGGCUGCUGGACCUGACGCUAUCGCCGCUGGCUGUGCUGCAGGCAAGCAAGCAAGCACCCACGCCUCCCCCCAGGCGCGCUCAACGCUCUCUCACUGGCCGGGGCGCCUUAGCUGCUCCGAACCUAGCGGCAGGUAGGAGUCGAUCGGGGUGCACCAUGGUCCUAUUGGUGGAGCGUCCGUCCUGCAGCAAGCGUCCGUCGCCAUCCUGUCAAGCUUCUUCCGGGGUGCCCACCAUUUUACACGAUGUAACCCCCGACCCUGCAAUUCGCCGUCCCUAG